AUGGGGCAUCGCGACAGUCUGCCCAGCAACGGGUACAGUGGCUCAGAUGUUAUUGAGCCCACGAGCACAAGCCUGCCUGAGUUUUCUCGCGCGAUCCCCGGCCGCUGCACUCGUCGCUUGAGCUCUCCUGGCCCGUCGCCUGGAGGGGAGAGGUGCCCAGAAGCGCAUGGGCGGGGUCGCCGAGAAGCCGCUCUAGAUGCUGCCUCGACUCUGCAAGUGCAGGCUCCACAGCCGUUGCGUGGCGGUGACGGCGCGAGAGAGGACAGUAGAUUCUUCCUUGUCCGGAACAGUCUCUUGGGCACUUCCUGGAACGGAAACAGAGACACUGGUGGACCGACAGACUGGAAUCGAGGCUCCGAUGGCGAUCCGAAAGCCGAGCGAUCAGAAACGCCAAGGCACUCGGCCUUCUCCCUUGCUGCACCAGGGACAAUGCCACGAUUGUCUGUCGGGGCUCCUCGCCCGCCUGAGAAUUUCUCGCUUCCCAGCGACUUCUUAGACUCGACGCAGGACCAGUCCGUAAAGCCAGGCACGGACGCCGAGGCCACACGCGAGGCUGCAUUCGCUGCGUCGACAGCGUCGUGGAACGAUGAGGGCGACGACUUCGUGACUCCUGCGCUGCUACAGGGUGGCGAGUGCAGCCGAGCGCAGCUGGCCCACUUAGAGGAAAUCGAUCGGAAAGAAGAAGCAAAGCUCGCGCGUCUGAUGCGUCUUCAACAAGAAGCGAUGACUCUGGCCGCUUCGAGCCCUUCAGUGUCUCCCGGCCUCGCAGCAGCGUGUGACGGCGCGGAGUCAGAGCUGCUGAUCGUGCGAAGAUUUUGCGGUUUCCCUCCACUGAGAACUCCUGAGAAGGAAGAUGCGGCCUCUUCCGAGCACGAUAAAAGACAGACCGAGGCGGGAUGGGAUGGGGCACGCGACCAGCGACAGGUUGAGGCGGAGAAAGAGAGAUGCGAGCAAAGGGAAUUCCUCUCUUCAUCUCAUCUUCGACAUGCUGUCUUCGGGCGCCUCCCUGCGGCAGAAGAGAGACAGUCCCUUCACGUCGCCUUCAGACGAGGGCGGGCCACAAAAACUCCCGCUCUCCAGGCUUCACUCGCCGGGCGGGAUGCUGGCUAUAGAGAUGACGAGCAAGUGAACUCUGUGCUCACGGCUGUCUCGACGAAAAGCUCUUCUGCAGCAACAAAGGCUAGAGAUCCUUCCGUCGUGAGGCAAACGGACCCUCUGUGUACACUCCGGGACUCGAACAAUCUCGCUCUCUUUGCGGCGGCACUGGCGAGGACACUGGCAGCUUCUCCGCGCGUCUCGGACAGCCUUCUGGCCGAGUCGAGAGAGAAGGACACCUCACACAGCUUCGCAGAGCGCGGAGAAGAGGCGGAAGAGGAGACAGACAGCGGCGCGGGAGAGGACCCAACACAAUUCGCAUCUGAUGCCCCCCAGACCGGACACCGCGAAAAGAUGCAAGUCAGAAAUUUGGCACAGGAAACCUAUGCAGGAGAAGCAGGAACCCAGAAAGCGGGAGACGGCGAACAGAGAACUGAGAGAGAAGCAGGCGCCGAACUCGGAAAAGGGCGACUGGGCAACGGAGGCGAAAGGCCAGGACCGUUUCCUCAGUCCUCGUUCCUCGAUUCCUGGCUUCGACUGUGUGCAGCAGAUCCCCUGUUCCAGUGCCCAGCAAAAAACCGAUUCUCGCUCAAGAAACGAGCGAUCUCGACCGCAGACGGUUUCCCAAGGCGCGACGACAGGAUAUCCGAUGGACACAGCGCAGCAUCGCCCGUUCGCGACGUCGUCAGUGUGCCGGCGAGCCCCUCGCGUGUGCGAGCUCGCCAGAGGCCGCAGCAUGCAACUUGCCUGGUUCCGCCCUUAUCACGAAAGCAAAGAGGACCUAGCUUGUCUCAGAGUAGAGGCAAGCGCGGCAUGAGAAGCCGGGCGCGCCACGCGCUGGACUCGAUGGCCGGAGACGGAUCUUCAUCUGUGUCGUUUCCUUCUCUGCUCAGUUCGAGGUGUCAAGACACGGAGACGCGUGGACACGGUGGAACAGAAAGGACGUCGUCUGAUUCUGACGGGGACGUUCGAAUCCCCAACGGACGCUCGGGCGCGUGCUGCCUCAACCUCCAGGAAGGCUGUGUUCAUGUGCCUCGCCGUUCCACGGCAGCAGACGCAGUAGGAGAGAGCAAGCAUCUUAGCCGUAUCGGGUGGCGGAAUCUGUUUGCCUGCGACAGACGGAGACCACGUUUUCCUUUUUCGCCUUUGUUUUCUUCGUCUUUUUCUCGCACGCAUUCGGCGACGGCGAGGCGCUUCCCUCCGCAAAGAGAAACCUCCUGGCAUACCUUCCUGCUUCCCGCCGCCCCGCCACCGCUCGACACUCCGCACCUUCAUCUGCAUCUCUCGCAUGUCACCGUGGCUUCGCGGCUCAGUCCCUUCCCUCUGGGACCGGCUGCGCGUCUGUUUCUGUGCUGCAGUGUGCCUGUGUCGGUUGUCGGUGUCCUGUCGACAGCCGGGAGAGAGACAGGAAGAGUCGUGGACCCUGACGGCCUGCGUCGCCUGGCCGCGAGGGGUCGAGGCGAGGAAGAAGGGGAGCCUCUCGUCGAAGAAGACCUCGUCACGGCGCACUGUGUGAAGAGAGAAAGCAGGCGUUUCCUCUUUGACUGCGCAAGCUGCCACGCUCUCCGUCUCGGGCCACCGUCCCCGGCUCUCGCUCGUGCUGUGCUCCGCGUUUCACGGCGCAAUCCCGGCUCUUCUUCCGCUGCCCCGGCCCUCCUGUCCGAAGCCGAGGCGGCCUCGGUACUUCUGCGUCAGCCGAUUCGCUUCCUCCUUUGUGCGUCGACUGAGCCGCGAACUGCGGCCGCGCAGGCUGUCCACAGCGCAACUGCGGAGUGCGUGCGCGAGGGGAGAGCGGGAGGGUUCCAGAGAGCGAGGGCCACCGGGAACUCGCGAGCCCUGCUGGGCUCUCGGCAAGCGGCGGCAGACGGCCGUCUCGAGAGACAAACACAGACCGCGAAAGACCACGACCGACUCGCGCUGUGGGGCUGGACGCAUUCCUUUCCUGCAGAUCCAACGGUCUCGGUUCUCGCAGUCGGGACGCUCGAAACGUGGAGUGGAGCCUUGUUGACCCAUUUCGGACGGAACGGAGACACCCCACACCUGUCUCUGGCCGUCCAGCUCCAUGCGCCCUCUUGCCUCGAGCUCCCGCCGCCUGCCAGCGGUGUGCGUCCAGGCAGGGCCAGCAUCAGAGCCUGGCCGGGUGAGGCGAGCCGCGCAUCAGGUGGAGAGAAAGCAGCAAGGGAAGAGGAGCUGGAGAACGCGGAUGGCCCACGAAGGCCUGAGGUGAAGCUGAGAGCGAGGGGGCGACAAGUGGAGGUGGGCGGGAAACGCGCUGCACAGGAGAGAAGACCGAAACUCCCGGUCGCCACGCUUCACAUUUCCAUCGCGUGCACAGGCGGAGCCGCAGGACGAAACGAGCCUCUCCCUCGCGAGUGCCGAGCUCAGGCUCUGAGACGCAAAGAGGGCGAAGAGGUAGACGGUGACAGAUCGCGUUUUCCGUUUCGAGGCAACUGCGGCCGAAUGUGCCCAGCAUGCGCUCAGUGGAGUCGCAGCGAAGAGGAAGAUGAUGGCGAGCGAGUCGACGAGAAACACGGCCAGGCAGGGACGGUGGGGGCGCAAAAGGAGACUGGGCGUGAGGACGCGACCGAAUCGAAUGGAGGGAAGCGAGCACAAGUUCGAGCGCAAGCAGCGACAUUGAGAGAUGUCCGGAAGAGCAUGCGAGACGCGAGCGGAGAAGGCGAUGAUCGUGGGGGGCCUUUACUCCCCUCAGUCCCUCCGAUGCCACAUGCAGUUCCACAUCUCGAGGGCGACUCCAGCGCGUCUUCGUCCCCCUCUUCCGCUCGCUCGUGUUCUUCUCCUUCCUGUUCGGUGUCUUCCUCGUCCUCGCGAGACGCAGCAGGGGUGGCUCAGCCGCCGCUGUCUCCGAGGGCGAGACAGGCCUUCUUGCGUCCUCUCCAUCUCCUCGUGCAUGUCGGCGAAUUCUCUGUGUUGGACAGUUUAAGAAGAAGACUCACCGCCAGCAGCGGGGCAUUGGACUCCUCACCUCGGGAUCUGUUCUGCGCAUGCAAGUUGGGACAAGAACAGUCAGAACGGUCCCGGCUGCUGCGCGUCUUUCCUGUUGCGAGGCGAGAAGAAGAACUGAAUGGGAAGCGAAACGCGACCGUAGGUGACGAAGCAGGCGGCAGCAGAACGACGCACCUGGCGCCUCGCUCACACUUGUCUUUGUUAUCUGCUAGGUCGCAGGCUUCCACGCCGAACGGCCGGAACAGUGGAAGUCGCCAGGAAGGACGCAGUGACGGGAGUUUUCACUUUACUGCGCUUUCAGAGCUUCCCUUCUUCUGGCCUUCGCGUCGAACCAAUCAACGCUGCAGAGGCUCCGCCGCCUCCGCACUUGUGGCGGACGGCACCCGAGUCACACCCGCGGCCCCUGCUGCACGCGGCAGCUCGGGUCCUCCAAGCCUCUCGGAGCGGAACCCCGGCUUCGACGCCUCGAUGCUUGCUUCGGACGCGCAACCAGACGAGGCACUCUCUCCAGAGCGCCCACCGGCCGCCCUCUGGACAUGCCGCAGAAAGGCAGUCGUUAUCGAGUUCUGGGCGACGAGCUGUGCAGACGAUCUAGACAGUGGGAGCUGUACAGACACCCGCGAGACUGCCAGGUGUCCAGGCACCCCGGCGAGCGCAGGAGCAGCAGAGACGGAGUGCCUCGGCUUUCUCACAUGUGAUGUGGCGGGCGCAAUUGACAGGGUGUUCUCUGUUUCCCCUGGCGCGUCUUCUCCCCGUAGUUGCCUUUUUGUUCCCUCGACCAGCAGGACGGAAUGGCCUCGCGCGGAAACGGCUCUGACAAACAGGGGCACAGGCGAGUCGGCACGCGCAUCGACGGUUUUUCGCCAACCUGCGGCGCCGGCGUUGACGCGCGGAAUCGACUUCUUUCUCCUCGACCAGGGAGACGAGCUCCUGCGAGAUUUCGCAGGCGACCACGACCUUGCGCGCUGCCGCGUCGCUCUCUACGCGGGGCCGAAGGAGGCCUUAGAGAAGCUGGCAGCUCUGCUGGCCGUCAGCACAGAGACGCAGCCUGCGUUCGCCUCUGGUAACUGGAGCGGCGUUUCAAGUGAAGGCAGGCGCCUGGCAACAGCAAGCGAGGGAGCGGAGUCGGAAAGCGCAGACCCCUUGCUUCAGGGAAGGAAGCGAGAAGGAACAGACUGGCUGUGCAGCACAGCUUCGAAGAGGCAAGGAGCAGGCGACCGGGCGGAAGGACGGCGAACCGAAGUCGGCACGCACUUCGGUCUGCUGGAGCGCAGCUACGACGGAAUUCGAGCCGGGUGGGGCGACAGACCCGAGAGGGAGCGAGAGGGAAAGGAGACACAUGUGGACCCUGAGGAGCGGCAAACGCCCGUUGGAGUCCACGAGGAGGCAGUGUGGGCAAGGCGGCGACUCGCGGUCGAAGGCAAACGCGACGUGAGCGAGAGCGAGCCUGUUCUGCGGAGUGGGGAAAGGAAACAGGGAGAUGCGACGGAAGAGAAGAGGCCGCUCGGAGAAGCGGACGGGUUGCCCGCGAGCAGACGCGCGGCCCAGGAACAAGGAGAAUCGCCGAAAAGCGACACCGACGACGAUCGACGCACUUUGCUUGAAACUAUUCAUCGGCGGCUCCUGCGAGACUCUCUGAGAGGGAACGACGUGUGGCCUGUCUGCUGGCAGAGCUUUGGUGAACAGCCGCCGAGCGAGAGCGAGAGCGAGGGAGGAAACGACAAACAGAGACGGGAACGCGAAACAGGAGGUGCCAGCGCGGAGCGGAGAGGCGAGGAAAACAGGAACGAAGCAGGCUGCGGCAGGCAGGCGAUGAAGAAAGAGGAAGAAGGGAACGGAGAAGACGUACAAGCCGAGAAGAAAGCAGACGCAGAAGUACAGGAAGGGAUUGAGCAUGAAGGAAUCGAGUGGGGACCAUCUGCGACGCGAUUCAUGUUAGAACAGGAAGCAAGACCUCCUGGAGGGUCCAAGUGCAAAUCCUUGGUGAGACGGAAAACAGGAGGGCGCUCCAAAGAGCAUCUCCGUCCCGAAGUAGACGAUUCCUUCGUCCACUGUAACCUCGUCUGUGUGCGCCUUGCGAGCUUCGGCUUUGCUCGACUGGAAGCCGCAGUUCUUCUUGACCGGCUCACCAGCCUCUCAGCGCGUUUCUUCCCUGCUGCGUCCUCGCAAGCCGCCCCGCGCUCUUCUUUCUCUUCUUUGCCUUUUGCUUCGUCUUCGGUUCCCGUUCUUUGGAGACUUCUCGUGAGCCUCCUUGAGAGCCCGCGCGAACCUGAAAAGAAUGCCCACGUCCUGCAGUCGCCGAGUCUCAAACGGGUGCCGUUUGAAAAGCCUGACUCGGCACCCUUCUCGCUGUGCGCAGAAUCGGCAUCGUCCCGUCCGCUCUCAGGUGUCUCGACAGCGGCACCCUCGCCGACAGCGGAGGCGCGACGGCGCUCCGAGGCUGACGAGCAGCCAGCAGAAACUUCGAGUCCUCGUUUCUCGGGCAGCACGUGCGGCCGGGCGGCGCUCUCUGUCGCGUUUCGUGGGGACGCGAAGGACGCGGCGACGCUUUGCCCCCACGGUUUUUCCUGUGGGCGAGACGAACCUACGAGGGAAAGUGCGAAAGGAAGCGACGAGGGCGUCCAAGAGCCGGCAGCGUCGGCAGGCGGAGCAGGCCGAACCGCUUUUCAUCCGGCGGAACUCGAGCCCUCCCGCACCUCGUUCCCUACAUCGUCUUCCUUCUCUGCUGGCAACGCCUCGAGUCGAUCUUUUUUCUGUGCCUCUCGCGUUGCUGCGUCUUCUCACGCGCCGUCUGCGUCUUCCUCUGGGGCAUUGUCUGUCAGUUCAGGCGCCAUCUUUAUUCCCUUGCUGCAUGCCUACAUCGAGGCGGGGCGUCAACUGGCGCAGCUGUGGGCUUUGCAGGCUUUGCACCCCGAGCUGGUCUCUUCCGUUUCCCCUUCCUUCCCUUUUCGCCCUUGCUCAGCGUCUUCUCCGCCGACCUUCCCUGCCGUCUCCGCUUCCGCCUUCUUCCCUUCUUCCGUUUCCGCCCCGUUUCCCGGGCACUCCAGCUGCGCCUUUCUCGAGCUCGAAGCCAGCGAGGGCGGACGCCUGCGCGACAAAAAUGGUCAAGACGGCCAGGGCACAGACACAGAAGAAGACCGGCGCGCGUUUUGCCGCGAUUUGGUUCAACGAACCAAGGCACUGCGUGAUCGAGCACUUGUGGCGGGGCGUGCGUCCGUGCAUCAACUUUUCAGUCGGCUGCGAGAGCUCGGCCUCUCCGAAAAGGACAUUGCAGUCUUCUUGGAGCCAGCCCCCCGGAACGGAAAGACCCGAACAAAAGACGAACAGGAGAGAGUGCCGAGCUCGCCGCUGCGGAAGCACAUAUCGCUCGGAGCCUUCGAGCGAGGUCUGUCGCGCCUGCUCGCCUCGCCUGGACACAGUGUGUGCCGGCGAAGCGAGAAGGGACAGCAAGAAAGUGGAGACGCAGGCGACGGCGAGAGGACGAGGUGCGACACAGGCGCAGCGCGUGUCGGGGACUCGUCAAGGGAAGGGCGGCGCGUCGAGGCAUCCCACGAGACGACACUCUCGCAGAAGGCGACGAUGGUGGGAGAGAUGAAGGACGGGGCGGCGGAGGCUACGAACAAAGAGCCCCCUUUUCAGCUCGACCGCCGCAGGUCGCAGACGCUUCUCGUACGCCUCGCUGGGCUGUAUCUCGCGCUCUGUGAGAGCCAGUACCAAGUCAGACGGAGUGGAGAAGUUCGAGACUCUCUCCGCGCUCUCUGGAUCCUUCACUUGCUCGUCGAAAUAUCGACAGCUGUCGCCAGAGUCUCUGCGAUUGCCUCCGCCUCGAGCCCCCUUUUGCCCAGCCACCCUUCUCUCCCUCGGACUUCUCUCCAUGCUCACGGGGUGCCAUGGACCUGUCGCUGUUCUUCCAUUCUCCUCGACUUUCCCUCCUCUUCUUCUGCUUCUGCCGUCUCUUCUUCGGCCUCAGACCCUCCACGUUUCCGCGAUAGCAACGCUUCGUCCUCUUGCGAAGACCAGCCUGGCGACGAGAGGGGAACGUCUAGUUGCUCGGACAGCCAGCGGUUCUUCUCGCCUUUCGUCCAAGUCCCAUCCUCGCUCUUCGUUCACGCUUCCCUGACAGCUGCAGAUGCGCGGGAGGCUGGGGCUGCGCGUCCGCGCCUCCACGACUUCCCGGUAAUUUCGACGCGGAUGUUUCUUCGUGGAUUUUCCGCUUUCUGCAGGCGGGACGCCGCUAGAGGUCGCGAGACUCGAGAAGCGACAACCCGCCACGUGAGCGAGGGCGGAAGACGAUCGAGAGAAGAGGAGGAGGAAGCGGAAGCGGCAGAGCGAGACGAAGAAAGUUCAAGCAGACGAGACGGCCGACCUGGGGAAGGGUUGUGGCGAGACAAAGCAAGCACACCCUUUGCGGACGACGGAAUGAAGGAAAAAGAGAGGAGCGAAAACGACGCAGGGGAAGAGCAGCACAUGCAGGCAGGGAGGACGGAGGUCAAGGCAUGGGGGGAGAGAAAGGCGAAGCCGAUGGCGGAGAGACGCGAGACGGCGCAGGGUCGGACACAGACCCUCGAGAGCACCUCCCAGCACGAGCGAGAGGAGAAGAAAUGCAGAAAUCUCCGAAAGAGAGAAGAAACACAGAGUGUUCGAGCGCGUGCGGCCACGCAGACCGAGGAGCGAGAAGCAACCCUGGACAAAGAAGACAAGGCAAAAGAACCCCGGAAGGCAGAAGACAACGGUGAAGGCCGGAGCGACUUCGUCGCGGAAGACGACGGAUUCUCGGAGCGUCAGCACGGCUCGCAUGAAGCCGCGGAAGAGGAAGGAGAACAGAAGCAAGAAGGGAAUGGAAAACCAGAAGGGGAAAAAGGCAGCAAAUGGUGGAGCGAAAAGGCCGGUGAGGAUCGAGAGCACACUGAGCGAGAGGACAGAGACGACGAAAAGGAGACAGAUGCGCCUGUCGCUUCUGUUACCUCUCCGCUCGUAAGCGCAUCUUGCUCCCGUCCUGGGUCUUCUUCCCGUCAACAGGGAAGGCAGGUGGCAGGACGCCCGACACGCCGUGCUGUCUUCUCACGCCGUCCGAAAGCAACUUUCCACCGUUCAGAAUGCCGCAAAUGUGCACGGAAAGCUUGCUUAGAGGCGUCUGCGGUUGGAUCGUGUUUAGCUCCGGUCGCGCCGUCGUCGCUCUCUUCCAGCUUUUCUUUUCCUCCGCUCUCUUCUUUCUUCUCUGGCUUGUGCUCUCGUACCGCGUCUUUGAAUUUUCCUCUUCAAGGGGCUCGCGCGAGCGCUUCGGUUCCAUCCAGUUCGCUCUCAUUCCGCUCCGGUCCUAGGCGGCGGCUUGCUUCGUUGCCACAGAGGAACAAGGAGAGGUAUUCGCUCUCAUUGUCUUCUGUUCACGCGGACGCGGGCGGAACUGAUGCACAGGGAGGGAAUGGGAAAGAAGGCGACAGGCGGUCGCAGGAAGAGGAGAACGAAAAGAGACCCGAGCGCGACGAACAAGAGAUGCGGGCGAGUCGGGAAGAGAGAGAUGAAGAACUUGGAGAAAGUGAGAGGCAGACCCAAAAGGCGUGGACGACGAAGAUCAUCGAGGACGGGGUCGAGCCAGAUAGCGCGGAGAGUGCGGAGACGGACCCCGGAAAAGAAGCCUGCAUUGGCUCUCAGACAUCCCAGAAAAAAGAGCUUUUGACCGACACAGAGGAUGCGCUUUCUCCUAGUUUUCGUGCUCUUGGCCAGAAGGCGCUGUCCGUCAAACGCGUUACACUCACCCCCGCUGCCUCUCGAUUCUCGGGCGAAAAUGCAGCAGGUAUCACCUAUGCAUCCUUUCACCGCCGGCCGACACGGAAAGGGUUGCGUUCUGUUAGGACGGAGAACGAAUUGACCGUUUCUCUGCGCGUCCCUGCGCUUCCACCCCCCGUCCGGUUGCCUGCGUUUGUACAAGGUCCAGAGACGCCAGGACCAGGAGCAAAAGGCAGACAAAUAGACAGCAAGGAAGCGACAGGUGCCUGA